UAGGCGAACAAGGAAGGAAGCGGACAAGGAGACACGGAGGAGGCUGCGCUAAGUGUUGGAAUGGGACACCGCUUUGUUCAACAGUAGGGGAGGGCAGACGAGCACAGUUGCUUUUUUGCCUUGCUUGAAUCGUUAAAUACAAUCAGCCCGGACGGACUAUCCCGUGUUAUCUUCUGUCUGUUAGUGUUGUAGCGUGUCGUAGAAAGAUUUGUCUUCCCCCCUGGACUCGCAGGAUUUUCCAUCGAGGGAUGUCAAAGCGAGUACGAAGCAGAGAGGUCUGCGCUGAUUGCAGUGCUCCGGAGCCACGGUGGGCCUCUGUUAACAGGGGUGUGUUGAUCUGUGAUGAGUGCUGCAGCAUCCAUCGAGGUCUGGGGCGACACAGCUCUCAAGUCCGACAUCUGACUCAUUCACCAUGGCCAUCCUCACAGUUACAGAUGGUCCAGACACUCUAUGGGAAUGGGGCUAAUUCCAUAUGGGAGCACAGCCUCCUCGACCCUUCCUCUUCAGUGAGCGGGAAGCGUAAAGCCAACCCCCAGGACAGAGUUCAUCCCAACAAGACAGAGUUCAUCAAGGCCAAAUAUCAGAUGUUGGCGUACGUCCAUCGGAUGCCUUGUCGCGAAGAUGACAGUGUUACCGCAAAAGACCUUAGCAAGCAACUUCAUUCCAGUGUUCGGACUGGAAACCUGGAGACCUGCCUAAGACUUUUAUCUUUGGGCGCACAAGCCAACUUCUUCCAUCCAGGACAACAGGAGAAAGGAAACACCCCGUUACAUAUAGCAGCGAAAGCAGGACAGAUGUUACAAGCAGAACUGUUGGCGGUGUAUGGAGCUGAUCCCGGCGCUCUGGACUCCAGUGGAAAGACCCCCAUUGAUUAUGCAAGACAAGCUGGGCAUCAGGAGCUGGCAGAGAGGCUAGUGGAGAUACAGUAUGAACUCACUGACCGGUUAACAUUUUACCUUUGUGGUAGAAGGCCAGAUCACAGAAACGGGCAGCAUUUUAUCAUCCCACAGAUGGCAGACAGAAAUAACAGCCUGGAUUUAUCUGAGUUUGCAAAAGCUGCAAAGAAGAAGCUCCAGUCGCUAAGUAAUCAUCAGUUUGAAGAACUCGCCAUGGAUGUUUAUGAUGAAGUUGACAGAAGAGAAACAGAUGCAGUGUGGUUGGCCACUCAGAACCACAGCACACUUGUAACAGACACCACAGUUGUGCCUUUCCUGCCGGUCAAUCCAGAGUACUCAUCGACCAGAAACCAGGGUCGUCAAAAAUUGGCGAGGUUUAGUGCUCACGAAUUUGCCACCUUGGUCAUCGAUAUUCUAACUGAUGCUAAACGACGGCAGUGGGGUAAUUCGUGCGAAAGUCCCAAAGACAAUGUGGAGCUGAUCCUUCAAGGAAUAGACAGCCGCCAUAACAGUGAGAGCCAGGACAACGACCAGCCGGAUUACGACAGCGUGGCUUCAGAUGAAGAUCCAGUGCAAGAGGCCACCUGUGGGGACAGCUGCAACGAUAGAAGGACCAAGAGCUCAGAGUCAUCCGACCUCUCCGAUGGACCAAUCACAGUGCAGGAGUUUAUGGAGGUGAAGAGCGCCCUCACCGCAUCAGAAGCCAAAAUACAACAGCUUCUCAAAGUCAACUGUCACCUCAGUGAAGAGCUGCGGUUGAUGCAGAGCAAACUGAACUCCCUGCAGACUGAAAACACAACACUGCGAUGGCAGGCCCCCAGCGGACAACAACACCUCCAGGGGCCCUUUGUUCGACACCCACCCCGAGGAGGUCGCGCCAUGUCCAUGUAUGAGACGGGCUCUAGUCUGAGGCAAUACCCCCACCGAGUCGAAACGGCCCGUCAUGAGGAUGGAGUCAUUUUACAGCCCUUCCCAACCAAUAUUGGGAGGGGUCCUUUGGGGACGGCUGCUUCCUCCCUCCCUACCUUCCCCUCUUCCCUGUCCUGGUCGUGGGAUGAGAGAUCUCGAAGGGGCUGUAGCCUGGAAGGACAGAGUAUGAUGCUGGAGAAUGAUUAUGACACUACGCCCAACCACUCUGAACUGGAGGAGACUGGCAGCCCUCUUCCAGCUUCUGAUGCAGGAGAGCCGGGGGAGGAAGGAGAGGAAGAUGCUACCCUACCGUGCACAGAGGACGUCAUCUGUAAGACAGAGCAGAUCACUAAAAACAUACAGGAGCUUCUGAGAGCUGCCCAGGAGACCAAACAUGAAAGCUUCCUGCCUUGUUCAGAAAAGAUCUGCAUGGCUGUGACAGAGAUGGCCGCCCUGUUUCCCAAGAGGCCGUCCUCAGAGACUGUGAGAGGGUCUCUGUGUCUGCUCACUUCAAGUGCCAGUCGGCUCCAUGGAGAGUGCCAGAAGGCUGCAGAGCACAACCCCUGCCCGUCGGACAUCCAGCUGGUCACUCAGCAGGUCAUCCAGUGCGCCUAUGACAUUGCCAAAGCUGCCAAGCAACUUGUCACUGUGACAACCAAAGAAAACAACAACUAAAAACCCAAAGACACUCAAAAUACAGUUAAUCAGUGAUGUUGCUAAUUCCACCUUAAUCAGUGUUAACGCCAUGUUUUUAUUUUCCCCCAUAUUAAUCAGUGUAAGCAAUCACAUACAUUCCUUGAGGAGGGAAAAAAUAUUUUAAAGGAUGCGCCAUGCAAAAUUACAGCUAAAUCGAGACGUUUAUUUAUUUAGUUUUUGCAUCAUGCGGAGUGAACAAACAUCUUUUAAAGAUGUUGGACAGAAUCUGUUACUAUUCUUUACCUCACAAAGAGAGAGAACAGUUUCAGCCACACCAUUUCCAAAAGUGCAAUGUUGUGUGUGUGUGUGUGUGUGUGUGCGUGCGCGCGUGUGUGUACGUUUUGUGUAUAUAAAACAAUUAGAACAACAAGCAGUUGAGCCUUCUACAUUGUACUUUCCUCCAUAGAGGUCAUCAGUUGUGGUUCUUGAGGUCGGGUGUCAGGUAUGGCUGAGCUGCCAGAGAGGACGUGAAGGUGCAAAGAGACCCGGUGUCAAGGAUCAGAAUAGAUGAACCUCAAUCUACACCAGUGACAUCAGUUUUCUCUUUAUCCUUUUUAGCCAUUUCAAGUUUUUUUUUUUUGUUUGUUUUUUUUAAGAUGCAACGACAGUAUUUUAAUCUUGAAUCAUUGUGACGCCACUUGCUUAGAGUUCAAAUGUUUGUUUAGCGAGCAAACUGUGAUUUAUGAAAACAGCUUCAGUGUGUUAAGCACCACGUAAGGCCAGCAGUACCGACAGUGUGAAAACUUUCAUUCCAUCCAGCAGCUCCAGCAGGUGAUUUCACUGUCCAGUCCCUCCGCUCUGGUUGAAGAUGUGUUUAUAAGUAAAUUAGUAGUUUUUGGAGUUAUAAAGUUACAGCCAUACUUCUGAUUUUAUGUGUGUGUGAGCAUGUGUGUGUGUUUGAGGGAGUGAUGGCCUCGACGGCCUGUGUGAAAUCCAUUUUGAAUCAAUUUUAAUAGCAUUAUGCAAAUAUAUAAGAUGUAUGUAUCCAUGUAAUUCUUUAUCAAAAUAACCCAAAUGCUAUUCUAUUUAUAAACUGUAUGUCAUACCUCUAAGAAAAUAUCAAUGUUUAUUUUCAUAAGCUUUUGUUUAACAUGAUGCUCCUCACAGAUUAACUUUUGUUUCUGAGGUUUGGGACGUCUCAGCCGGCAGUAAGUUAUAGGCAACUUGUGAUCUCUGUUUUAUUUGGUGUGGUGCUGUAACUCCAGUGUAUUAGAUGCUGACUGUGGUCAAAUACAUACAGCUAUGGUUUACAAUCACUGAUAAAGUAAAUGUGCCCUCAAAGUUAAGAGUACCUGUUGUAGAACUUGGGUCUAAUGUUUCACUUAUUGUUGUAACCGGAUAAGUUUCAACCACGGGUGGACCGAGAACUAGAAUACCCUGCACAAGUGGAGUACAUGUGAUUCAGUAUUACUCAAGCAGAAGUCAUGUUACCUGUGUAGUACUGUUGUAUUCGGUGUGAAGCAAACGUCAACACAGGACAUCGUAGAUAAAUAUUAAAAUGUACUUAAAUCAUCUUCUGUACAGAUUAUUGCACCAUGCAAAUACAUUCCUACCUGCAAAAAAGUCUAUUGGUAGGAAUUUAAUAUAAUAUUAAUAAGUAGUGUAUAAUCACCUGAAAAUAAGAAUCAUUGUGUUUUGUUGCCUUUUAAAAUGAACCCUCUAUAUCUACAGUAAGAGCGGGUCCUCUUCCACGGAGUCUGCCAUGUUGAACCGCCAUUUUUCUACAGUAGCCCAGAUCAGACAAACCAAACACUGAUCUGGAUAUCACCUUUUUUUUGCUUUUAAUGUGAAUUUUCCAACCGGGAGUUUUUCCCUACAUGCUUGAAAGAAGACGACGAGACGCAGGAGAAAGUAUUCAUUUGGUGGUUGUCAUCUGCAACUUCACUGCUAGGUGCCACUAAAUCCUACACACUGGACCUUUAAGAGACAUAGUCAUACCAUCAAAGUACAUGUAGGUACUUUUCCACAUUUAAAAUGGAACAUUUGCUUAGCACAGACACUAUAGUAUAAUGCUAAAUCCUAACAUUAGUAAAGUCCUGUUUGCCAUCAUUAGCCACCAUAAGCAGACCAAGUAAAGAGUUUUGGUGAAUUGGUGCAUUUUCUUUCUUAUUUCUUUGUAUUUGUAUGAGGAAGGAUGUGUUAUUUCUUGUUUUUAAAAAAAGUGACAGAAGGCAUUUGGAGCCCAAACAUCACAUGUUUUUUUGAUGUACUACUAACCCAGUUAAAUAAGUUAACAAUACUGCUUUAAAAAAAAAAACAA